AUGUCUUCGUUUUUGAAUAUUGAGUUCCGAGUGGUGCUGCUAAUCCCGGGUCAGCAGCUGGCGAUCACCAGGCGUGAGAUCACUGUCAGCUGGAAUUUGCUCCCUGACAGGAGCCACUCCCCGGGACGCCUCCCCCUGGGCCACCCCAGAGCUCCUCCCCUCGGCUCUCCGCCCGGGCGGCUUCUGCCCCGCCUGGGCUCACGUCUCCUGCGCGCCCUGUCCUCUCUACCCCGCAGAUCCGCAGGCUUCUGGAGACCGUGGGUUGACCCUCGAGGGGACACCGAGGACGUGACAGCGCUGCGUGCUGCAAAGGCGGUGCCCGAUAGCCCCGGAGUGACCGACGCCUGCGGGAAGCUUUCCCAUUACCGACACCCAGUGAGACUAUUUUGGCCAAAAUCAAAGUGCUAUGACUAUUUAUAUCAAGAAGCAGAAGCUCUCCUGAAAAAUUUUCCAAUUCAAGCCACAAUUUCAUUUUAUGAAGAUUCUGAUAGUGAAGAUGAAAUUGGGGAGCUGACCUGUGAUUUGGAAAAUUAAUCCGAUUAUUUUGGAUGAUAUUUGAAAGUAGGAUUUAAAUUUAGUGUACAAAUGUAUCAUAAUCCUUUAAAUAAUUUAUUUGUAUAUAAAUUAUUAAUAAAAUGAAUUAUUUUAUAACUGA